UAAGAUAAGAAAGAUCAUAUUCUAAAUGGUGAUUGCUUUUCUUUCUGCAGCUCUCAUGCGUGAUGAUGAAUCUUGUACAUCAUUAACCUAAGGACCUCACCGGUUGGAAGUAACUGUUUUUGCCAUCAACUUACCUUUUUGGUCUGACUCUCUUCCUCAAACAGUGGGAACACCUUUCUUCUCAAGUUGUGUUGCAGAAUUAAGCAAAUGGCUGAUAGUAGUGGUUUGGGUAAAAAAUCCACAGAAUGCCCCAAAUGUUCAUCUGAUACUCAGGAAGAUACACUUUGUGUAUGUUCCUGUAAAAUAAGAGUUUCCUCAACUUCUUUGGAGCACGUGUCACCGGUAUCAAGUGUUGGUAGUUUAGAACGACUAGCUUCAUCAGAAAGGAAAAAAGAAAAAAUUACCAGCAGAGACACUGCCCCUGGGAAAGAUUUGUUCUCAAGAACCUCAAAUGUAGAGAGAAAAACAUCUCAGCAACAAUGGGGUCGGGGUAACUUUACAGAAGGAAAAGUUCCUCACAUAAGGAUGGAUGAUGGAGCUGCUAUUCAGGAAUUCUAUGCCUUUGGAAGAAUAUUGGGACAGGGGAGCUUUGGAAUGGUUAUUGAAGCUAUAAACAAGGAAACAGAAACUAAGUGGGCAAUUAAAAAAGUGAAUAAAGAAAAGGCUGGAAGCUCUGCUGUGAAGUUACUUGAACGGGAGGUGAACAUCCUAAAAAGUGUGAAACAUGAACACAUUAUACACCUGGAACAAGUGUUUGAGACGCCUAAGAGAAUGUACCUUGUGAUGGAGCUUUGUGAGGAUGGAGAACUGAAAAGAAUUCUGGAUAGGAAAGGGCGUUUCUCUGAGACGGAGACAAGGUGGAUCAUUCAAAGCCUUGCAUCAGCGAUAGCAUAUCUUCACGAUAAGGAUAUAGUACAUAGAGAUCUAAAACUGGAAAACAUAAUGGUUAAAAGCAGCUUUAUUGAUGCUAACAAUGAGAUGAAUUUAAACAUAAAGGUGACUGAUUUUGGCUUAGCAGUGAAGAAGCAAGGUAGGAGUGAAGCCAUGCUGCAGACCACAUGUGGGACUCCUAUCUAUAUGGCCCCUGAAGUUAUCAAUGCCCACGACUAUAGCCAGCAGUGUGACAUUUGGAGCAUAGGUGUCAUAAUGUACAUGUUAUUAUGUGGAGGACCACCUUUUUGGGCAAACUCAGAAGAUAAACUUUUUGAAUUAAUAAGAAAGGGAGAACUACGUUUUAGAGAUCCAGUCUGGGAUUCCAUAAGUGACUGUGCUAAAAGUGCUCUGAAACAGCUUCUGAAAGUUGAUCCUGCCCACAGAAUCACAGCUAAGGAACUGCUAGAUACCCAGUGGAUAACAGGCAAUACACUUUCUUCAGCAAGACCAAUUAACGUAUUAGAAAUGAUGAAGGAAUGGAAAAAUAACCCAGGAAGUGAUGAGGAAAACACAGUGGAUCAAAAGAAGAGCAGUUGGUCCAUUCAAGGAAAGUUGGAAGAUUGCCCACGCAGUGUAAGUGUCCAUGGUAUCAAUAACACUUCGUUGGAAGAGGAGGAAAAACAGCUCACUGCUUGUGAAAAGGUACUUCCUGUGACCAGUAAGAAAGCAAAUAUGGACAAUUUGGACAUGCUCUCUCCAGGUACCACAUCUGGCAAACUUCUUCCAGUUGGACUCAAGGAGGAACUAGAGAAAGCCCCUGUAACUUCAAGCCAAGCAAUAGCAGGCAAAUUCACUGCUAAAUCCAUUGGCCUGUCUAGAACCAAAAAGAAACUCUAAGAUUUCCUCCAACACAGAACAGUACAAGAACAAGACUGCUCUUUCUAGUGCUAAAAUGAGAAGAUAGGAGGAGGAAAAGGAUAGGACUAUGCCAAGCCCUUAGCCUUUUAGCUCCCCUGAGCUUUGUCAUGUGUUCACAUCAGUUUAAAAUUGAAGCUAGUUAUUUCAAAGCAGCACAAACUGCACGUGAUGUUAAAGGACAGCCAUCAGUAGGCUCAAUGGUGGGCUGUGGCUGAAAUCAACUCAAGAUGUAUACAAGGGUUGUUUAGAUGGGAUAGCCCUCAAGGCAGCUGGACCAGUUGGGAAGCCUUUGGGGCAUACUUGCUCAGUUUCACUUCAAGUUCUUAUGUUUAGUCACAGUUAUUUAUAGGGGAAAAUGAGAGGCCAAAUAUGGUAAUGGAGGUUCCAAAUAAUUAUGUGCACUUUGCACUAGAAGACUUUGUUAGGAAAUUGCUAAUAAACUUGCCGUAGGCAUUGUAACAGAAGUGCUUCCGUCAUUCACAUGUGUUCUUGUGAUUUUAGGUUGCUAUGGAUUGCUUUAGACGACUUAUUUUAAACCUGUAAAAAUAGGAGAUUUUGUAACUACUUGCUAUUAACUUGCUGCUAAAUUCCCAAUGUAUUGAUCGAAUCAAUAAAAGACAGAUGUUGCUCAUGCAAGUUAAUUUUUGUGUUAGCAAGAGGUGAAUACAAUACUGUUCUCUAAAGCCUUGUGGAAAUUAUAAACUUGGUCUGCAGCUGCAGAGGUAGGCACACAUCUUUGGGGAAGGUCAUGAGGAUAGAUACAAGGGAAUAUACACCAUUACACCAA